GGCACCAAUCCCGCUACGAGAGCACGACGCUCGGCCUGUCCCCCAUCUACUCGCCCUGCCGCCAGGUUCCGUCUGAGCCAGCCAACGCCUACCCCCCGUCAACAUGCACAACCAGAUCACGGCCGCGACGGGCAUGGACCAAGAGAGCCCCAUCGCGCCCGACAACACGUUCGGCACUGAGAAUUGGGUCGAUAUGAACUCGUUUCAGCACCAGACCACAAUGCCCGACUACGGAGGCAACUUCGGCUUCAUACCUCCCAUAAACCAUGGGCUGCCCUCAGAAUCGCUCAACAGGAUGCCGCCGCCGCCGCCUCCUCCUCAACCGUUGCAUCAGCCCCAGGCGACUCAUUCACCACUCCCGGUGCUGAUGAUGCGGGGUGCGGCGUGGCCGAGUAUGUUGACAAACCCGAACACUUACGGCCCGGCGCACUCGGCUCCGCCCAUCCCCAUAGCCCCAAUCGCGCCCGUCGCGCCCACCACAACCCCGCUCAAGACGACAAAGCUGCCCUCUGCCUCCGCGUCGCAGCCCAGGAAGACGCUGACGGACGAUGAUCGCCGCGCAAUGUGCCAGUAUGCCGAGGAUCACCCCACCGCGAAGCAGACGGACAUUGGCGCCCGAUUCGGCGUCGAGAGGAGCACCGUGUCUAAAGUCUUGCGGAAUAAAGACAAAUAUCUGAACUCGGAGGAGCGGAGCAGUUCUCCGGUCAAGCGUUCCGGCAAGGGGAAGCAGGCCGACAUCGAAAAAGCACUGGUAAAUUUCAUUCGCAAAGGCCAAAGGACGGGUGCCGUGAUGACGCGGGAGCUUCUCAUGGAGAAGGCGCGUCUCUUCACGUCCCUUGGCACCGGUGACUCCCUCUUGGACACUGCGUGGCUCGACAAGUUCAUGUUGAAACACGGCAUCGGCACGGGCGGGGGCAGGUUGCUUCGUCGCGCGUCCGAGACCAACAUCCCAGACAGUAUUCGUGACUCCGAUUCACCGUCCCUGGCACCCUCUCAGCCGUCAAGCGCCAUUUCUCCCGCUUCUCCGACAGGCCAUCUCUCACCGUCCCCGCUGUCAGCGAACAAGAGCGACGAGGAGAAGGAGAGCAUGAACAGCUUCAUGGACUUCACUGCCGACGGCGUCUAUAAGCAUUCCAACUCCCAGAGCACGACAUCUCUAUCCAGUGCCUUCACCGAUGCCGCGGCCCCUUCGUUUCCCGGAAGCGCAAUCAGCCCCACUGCUUCGUUCAACUUCUCUCCGGACCCUAACGUUGGCACAUUCCUUGCUGGAGACCAGAGCAGGCAACUCUCACCCCACGGCGCCGGUUUCCAACGUCCUCGGAGCCAGACUUUUCCGACGCUGGACCUCGAGUAUUUGAACCAAUCCCAAUCCGCCGAGCCUGCGACGCCCAAGUAUAUGGUGCCAUCCACUGCCCCGUCAUCGGCUCUGGAGACGACGAGCAGCGAGCACGCCGGGCCAGCCUUCGGCUUUGAACAGGCGGUUUCGCCUCCCCAGCUCCGUCACAGCAGCAGCAACAGCAGCAUUGCCGGCCGCUCAACGACCACGCCCGUUACGUCUAGUGCCGUUGGAUCGUCUCCGGGCUCCCCGACGCAAGAGGACGCGCGCAAGGCUGCCGACACAUUGCUGUCGUUCAUCACGAACGCUAGCGGAUUUGUGGAUCAUAACGAAUACUUGACCGUCGUGCGGCUGACUGAGAAGCUGCGCAUUCACCAGAGCCAGCUUGCCAAGGCUGCAGCCCAUGGUAUAGGCCUUCUCUCACGGAUCCCCGAAGGCGACAGCGAGAUGCCAAGCGCGCCUCCAACCACGUUGAAGGUGGAAUCAACCAUGAGCGCCUGAAAAAGACAACGAGCAGAUAUACAUAACUCAUAAACGACGCGAGAUAUACCCAUUUACGCGAUUCGGACAUCCAUAUACCCCAAGUUUUGGCGUUCUCGACCUAUAUCCAUACCUCUCCGGACUCGAAGAUAUCACGCUCACGCGAAUCUUGUCUGGGGAACCGCCUCGCCUUUCUUAUCUCUCUCUGUUCAGCAUUUCCGUCGGUGUGUUUCAGGACUUUGAGCUCCAUGAUUUCCAUCCAAUUUACACGUUCCAUUUCCG